AUGGCGAAUCUUUCAUGGAUGUCCCCGGGCUACCCCUUUGACAAAUACGAUGGUCCGCCGCGAAAUGUUGCCUAUAUUGAACAGGUGCACUUCGAUCCAUCCCUUCAGCCGAAGCACUACGAAAUUGCUGGCACCAAUCCAAACUCGACGGUCCUUAUACUCGAUGUAGAGAUUAUCGAAGCGACAGGUCGUGAACCGUACCGUGGCGACGUACUCAUCAUUGGCCAGAAGUUUGCCCGAGUAGGAAACGUUCCAGACAAGGACGCUCUUCUGGCUGAUUCCAAUGUGCGCGUUUUCUAUGGUAAAGGCCGUACUUUGAUGCCCGGUAUGGGUGAUGCUCAUACACACUUCACUUGGAAUGGUGGAGACUUGGAUGCGCUAGGAGAUCUUGGUGUUGAGGAACAUACUCUCCUUACUGCUAGGAGCGCAGAGUGCUAUCUUGAUUCUGGAUAUACAAUGUGCUUUGGGGCAGCCUCGGCGAAAAAGCGUCUUGAUGUUGUCAUUCGAGAUGCAAUCAAUGCAGGUGAUAUUCCAGGGCCAAGGUAUCUAGCAAAUGGUAUGGAGAUGGCUCGCAGAGGAGGCGAACUUGUUGGAGGUAUCACUGCUUUUGCAGACGGCCCUGAAGAAAUGCGAAAAAUUACCGAGAUCCGAGAUGCAGAAGAGUGCUACUUUACACCAGAAGAAACAGCUGCAUGUGUUGACGAAGCGCACAAACACAAUAAGAGGGUCUGCUCGCAUGCCCGAGCACGAGACUCGAUCAAACAAAGUAUUGACCACGGGGUCGAUGUGAUCUAUCAUGCCUCUUAUAUUGACGAAGAAGGAAUGGAUGCUCUCGAAAGGAACAAGUCUAAGCAUAUUGUUGCGCCCGGGAUUAACUGGAUCAUUGCAACCCUCAAAGACGCCGCUAUGUUCGGAUAUUCAACCGAAAAAGCCGAACAAGUGGGAUAUCAAAAGGAACUCGAGACUGCCGAACGGGGAAUGCGGGAGAUGCACCGGCGAGGAAUUGUUGUUCUACCCGGAGGAGACUAUGGCUUUGCUUGGACACCACAUGGUACCUAUGCCCGUGAUCUCGCCCACUUCGUGGAGCGCUUUGGAUUCACACCUCAUGAGGCCAUCAUCGCGGCAACGUACGGGGUUGCAAAGCUGUUCAUGCGCUCCCACGAGAUGGGCCAGAUUAAAGAAGGCAACUACGCCGACUGUGUUGUGGUAGAUGGGAACCCCUUGCAGAACAUUGCAAUUCUGCAGGAGCAUGAUCUGCUCAACAUUAUCAUCAUCAACGGCCGCAUUCAUAAAGCAGGUCGUAAAGAAUAUGUAAUUCCAGCACAGGACGUGACCGGUGUGCAUUCGAUGACGAACGAGAUGGCUCGUGUUGAGAUGCGAGGGCAAACACAGACUGCAUUCUAA